AUGGAAUUACCGAAGGUUCAUUGUAAAAAUCUGAAAUUUAUUGAAAUCUUAAGCUUAGGUGGAGAUUGCACAAUUGGGAGUAAUUAUGUCUACGCAAGUCCCGAUGACGAUUUACAUAUUAAAAUAUAUAUUGAAAAAGAUGUUAAAUCUAUUGAUGAUGAGGCAUUUAGUGAUGUAAAUAUUGAUAUAUUUGCAUAUUUUGGAACAAACGAACUCGAAGGAAAUUUCCUUGCGAAUGCUAAAUCAAUUCGAGGUGUAAUUGCUUCAACAAAUUACCAAGGAGACAGUAUCGGUGGAGUAAAGUUAACCAAGAAAGUUCCUUCAUAUAAUAUUGAGGAAGACAAUACAAAUUAUGAAUUGGCCAAAUCUGCAGGAUUGAGUGGUGGUGCAAUUGCAGGUAUUGUUAUUGGUGUAAUUGUCGUAAUUGCAAUUAUCGCAGUUGUCUGUUUCUUCAUUAUUCGAUCUAAAAAGAAGAAAUCGGAAGAUACAGCAGGAAAUGAUGUCUAA